AUGCGAUCCGCGAUUCCUGGGUACAUUGUGGUUCCUCCAGAAAGAACUGUGUUGGCGUACAACGGUGGUGGUGAAGGAGUAUCCGCGCUCGGUGAGAAUCUUCAUGAGAUAAUCAGUGAGGUCACGUCCGGCCAAGUCGAGACGGAGGAUGGCGUGUGGGAGAGCAUAUCCUUCGUAGAUUGGGACCGUGUGGGUGACACCAUCUCCGGAGUCGAGAACGAUUCCGGUGGUACGUCCGGAAGCGUAGAGGGAGAGAACAGCUUGGAUAGCAACAUACAUGGCUGGGGUGUUGAAGGUCUCAAACAUGAUUUGAGUCAUCUUUUCACGAUUGGCCUUUGGGUUCAAUGGAGCUUCGGUGAGGAGGACUGGGUGCUCUUCUGGGGCCACACGGAGCUCAUUGUAGAAGGUGUGGUGCCAGAUCUUCUCCAUAUCGUCCCAAUUUGUGACGAUUCCGUGCUCGAUUGGCUUUCUGAAAUCAUUACCUCUCUUGGACUGGGCCUCAUCUCCGACGUACGAGUCCUUCUGUCCCAUACCGACCAUGACUCCUUGAUGACGUGGUCGUCCGACGAUGGAGGGGAACACGGCACGUGGAGCAUCAUCUCCGGCGAAACCGGCUUUGCACAUACCGGAGCCAUUGUCUACAACGAGGGCGGCAACAUCAUCGUCACACAUCUUUUAUUAGUUGUGGAGGAACUUGGCCUGUAA